AUAUAUUAAGCGGGAAGAGGUAUUUAAUGGUGCUAGACGAUGUUUGGAAUGAAGAUUGUAAUAAAUGGGAGAUGCUAAGAACUUUGCUAGUAAGGGGUGGGAAGGGAGCACAGUCAUAGUCACCACCCGCAGUGAAAAGGUGGCUUCAAUCAUGGGUACUACUUCCUUACACCAUUUGAAGGGGUUGGGUGAAGAUGACUGUUGGGUUAUCUUCAACAAAGGGGCUUUUUCUAAUCCCAGCGAUGAGGAGAGGCAUUCGAACCUGUUGCCAAUUGGUAAAGAAAUUGUCAAGAAAUGUGGAGGUGUUCCUUUAGCUGCUAAGACUCUUGGAAGCGUAUUGCACUUCAAGAGAGAGGAAAGGGAGUGGUUGUACAUGAAAAGUAGUGAACUUUGGAAUUCUAUUGGGGAUUCCCAGACUGGAAUUUUACCUGCACUAAGAUUGAGUUACAAUCAUUUGCCUUUGCAUCUGAAACGAUGCUUUGCUUUCUGCUCAAUAUUCCCCAAAAGUUACCACAUCAAGAAGGAAAAGUUAAUACAUCUUUGGAUGGCGGAAGAGUUUUUGCCAUCAAAGACAUAUGCUCCAGCACAGCUGAGUAGAAGACCUGAGGACAUUGGUAAUGGGAACUUCAAUGAUUUGUUUUGGACGUCUUUCUUUGAAGUUGUCAAGAAAAGUGAUAAUGAUGAUUGCAGAAGCAACAUAACAGAGUUGAAGAUGCAUGACCUCCUCCAUGAUCUUGCACGAUCUAUUGGAGCAAAUGAAUUUAUGAUUCUUGAGCAUACUCAUCUUCAUCUACGUCAAAGUGAGUACUUAGCUCUAAUUCGCCAUGUAUCCGUCUCUUUUCAUAUCAAUUCGUUUCCAAAUGCCUUAUUCCAAGCAAAACAUUUGCAAACUCUGCUUUUCUUGUCUGGGGGAGACCUCAGGGAUAAUGCCCAAUUUUCAAGAUUUAAGUACCUGCGCGUACUGGACUUGAGUCACUGUGGCAUUACAGUACUGCACCAAUCAAUCGGUGAUUUAGUGUUCCUCAAGUACCUUGACCUCUCAUACAAUCAUAUCAUUGUAUUACCGGAUUCUAUCUGCAACCUCCAGCGUAUGCAAACGCUAGACUUAUCUGGUUGCUUCUAUCUCACAGAGUUGCCCAAUUUAAUGGGAAACAUGACAAGCCUAAGACAUCUCAAUAUAACUGGAUGUCUACAACUGGCGCGGAUGCCAUCUUACAUUUCCAAAUUAUAUAAGCUUCAGACCUUGCCAAUAUAUGUUGUAGAGAACACACAUGAAAGAAGCAUCUCUCAGCUGGGAAGUCUGGACCUUCAUGGUGAGUUGAAAAUUAAACAUUUAGGGAGACUAGAUGCUCCAGAUCAAGCAUGGCUGGCAAAAUUAGGGCAGAAGCGAAACCUAGAAUUGUUGGGCCUUUAUUGGAGAGACAUUGAUGACGAGAGCCUGACGGAAUCAGAUGUCGCUAGUCUCCUGAACAAAAAACGCUCUUCCUCGUCAAGACCAUUAGAACAACAUGAGCAUGAUGCUGCAGUGGCAGAAGAAGUUAUUUCAGCCUUCAAACCUCACUACAAUCUAAAACGGUUUCUUCUGAGGGAGUAUCCAGGAACCAAGUUUCCUGCUUGGAUAGUGGAACAUCGAUGCUUGAUUAAGGUUGAUCUGAGCCAGUGUAAUAGAUGUCAGUUUCUUCCUACCCUUGGAAAACUUUGGAGUCUUAAGAUUCUCACUCUUCGUGGAAUGAAAUGCGUGAAGCGAAUAGGCAAAGAGUUUUAUGGUGAAGAAGGAUAUUUUUUUCGUUCACUCAAACAACUAGUCUUGAUAGAUUUUCCUAGUUUGGAAGAAUGGUCAAGUCCACCAUUCUUGAGGGUGUCCAAAUUAAUUAUCAACGGAUGUCCAAACCUGAAGGCCAUGCCAUCCUUUCCUUCUCUUCAACAUUUGGAGUUGCGGGAUUGCAGUGCAUCGUUAUUGGAUUCCACUGAAAUCUCAAACUCCAUUUCAGUUUUCAUAAUUGAAGAAGUCCCUGGAUUGUUGUCUCUCUCAGGAAAACUGCUUGCAAACAAAUCUAGUCUCACAUCCCUUGAAAUUUUCUCUUGCCCCAAUCUUCAAUCACUACCUUCAGAGUUGGGUAACCUUACUGCUUUGAAAUCACUAACCAUUCGCUGGUGUGACAAACUCUCUUGUUUGCCCCAAGGUUUGGAAAACCUCACAGCUUUGGAGUCCCUGGAAAUUGGUGAAUUCCACAGUCUAACAGCUCUCCCAGAUGACCAGAUUCGGGGAUUGAGUUCACUUAGAAUUUUGUCCAUUGCUAACUGUACCAAUCUGUCAUCUCUACUGCCCAGUUUGCGUUGUCUUGCAUCCCUUGAGCGCUUAACUGUCAUGCUUUGUCAAAGACUAGAUUCCUUGCCGGAGGAUCUGCGGCACCUCCCCUCCUUUCACAGUUUGACCAUCAUAUCGUGUCCCAAGUUUUCAUGUCUGCCACAGGGGCUGCAACAUGUCAAAACGCUGCAUAGACUGGAGAUACGCAGCUGUCCUGGUUUGAUGGCAUUGCCUGAACAUGUUGAGAGCCUUGCCUUACUUAGAUCUUUGGCAAUUUCUGACUGUCCUAAUCUGAAACGCUUGCCUGAUGGUCUGGAACUUCUCACUGCACUCCAGCACCUGUCCAUUCAAGAAUGUCCCGAGCUUGAAGAACGUUGCACAAAGAAGGGAAGUGAGGAAUGGCUGAAGAUAGCCCACAUUCCUCAUAAACACAUCGGGUCACCUGAAAGCAGACAGUCUAGCGCAGCAGGCACUUCUACGUCAGUAUGAAAUCCUUAAUUUUUACUUGGUGAGCAACGUCUGAUCUAGCUGUGAAUUUUUGUUAUACAUGUAUGUUCAACUUUGUCCCCGUUGUUUCUUGUCUUCUUAUAGUUAUUAUUUCAUUGGUUAAUCAUGUGAAUUAAAUAAUCAAACUAACUUGAUGUCUUCUUGCAGACCAUAGAUGAUUCAAUGUUUCUAUCACGAGUACUGGUGGUAUUUCCUCCAUAUGUUCAUUUAAAAGGAUAAGAAUCACUUGCUUACCUUUGCCAUAAAAAAAAUGAGUGUAAUUGGCAAAGUAUGUUGAGUGAUAAUUAAAUUGCUGGUUUAAUAAAUCUCGGAAUUUAGUAGACUAAAGUACUACUGAAAAUCGAUGCACUUAAACUAAAAAUUUUAGGAUUUCAAACAAAAAGAUAACUUUAUCUGUGUUGCAGAAAUGUCAUUGCCACUAAAAAUUUGUAUGAAUAAAAAAAUUAAAAAAAAGAAACAAUAAUUUUGACCUUACACAUUUAUAUAUUUUUAAUGGUCCCUUUAACUUGCCAGUCAUAUUUCUUGUUCAAGAUAUACGAAAACCUUAAAGCAAUAUGGGUUGUCUACAAAAUUUGAUAUGAAACAAUCAUUUCUAGUAGUAAAAGAACAAGUUAGAAGAAGGCUCAGGUAAAGUUGCUGAAUCAUGAUCAUCAUUAUCUACAAAGUGAGUCCUUAGCUCAAACUCGCCAUGUAUCUGUCUCUUUAAUGUCGGUUCAUUUCCAAAUGCCUUAUUUGAAGCAAAACAUUUGCAAACUCUGCUUUUCUUGUCUGGGGGAGACCUCAGGGAUUAUGCCGAAUUUUCAAGGAUUAAGUAUCUGUGAGUACUGGAUAUGAGUUAUUGUAGCAUUAGAGUAGUGCACGAAUCAAUCGGUGAUUUAGUGUUUCUCAAGUACCUAGACCUCUCAUACAAUCAAAUGAAUGAAUUACCCAUUACUAUCUGCAAACUCCAGCACUUACAGAGGCUCAACUUAUCUGGUUGCUGCAAUCUCAGGGAGUCGCCCAAUUCUAUGGCAGACAUGGAAAGGCUAAGACACCUCAAUGUAACUGGAUGUGUACAUCUAGCUCAGAUGCCAUCUCAUAACGACAAAUUAUCUCAGCUUCAGACCUUGCCAAUAUAUGUUGUAGAAGAAAUGCCUGGAAGACACAUCUCUCAGCUGGGAACACUGGACCUUCAUGGUGAGUUGAAUAUUAAACACUUGGGGAGACUAAAUGCUCCACAUCAAGCACGGAUGGCACAUUUGAAAUCGAAGUUGAGACUAGAAUCAUUGGGCCUUUACAGGAGAGACAUUGAUGAAGAGAUAGUGACGGAAUCAGAUGUGAAGAAAGAAACGCCCUUCCUCGUCAAGACCAUCAAAACAACACGAGCAUGAUGCUGCAGUGGCAGAGGAAGUUAUUUCAGCCCUCCAACCUGGCUACAAUCUAAAACGGUUUCACUUUCAUCUGAGGGACUAUCCAGGAACCAAGUUUCCUGCUUGGAUAGGGGAACUUUACCAUUUGGUUGUGGUUGAUCUGAAUCAGUGUAAUAGAUGUCAGUUCCUUCCUACUCUUGGGAAACUCUCAAAAGUUCAGAUUCUCACUCUUAGUGGAAUGAAUUGCGUGAAGCAAAUAGGCAACGAGUUGUAUGGUAGAGGAGUACAAUUAUUCCAAUUUCUCACAGAACUAGCCUUGAUAGAUUUUCCUAGUUUGGAAGAAUGGUCAGGUCCGGUUGGCCAAAAUUCAUCUGCAUUCUCGAUGGUGUCCAAAUUAAUUAUCAAGCAAUGUCCAAACCUGAAGGCCAUGCCAUUCUUUUCGUCUCUUCAGCAUUUGGAGUUGCAGGAUUGCAAUGCAUCGAUAUUGAAGUCCACUCAAAUCUCAUCCUCCAUUUCAGUUUUCGUAAUUGAAAAUGUCCCCGGAUUGUCGUCUCUCUCAAGAAACUUCUUGCAAACAAACCUCAUCUCACAUCUCUCUAAACUAUCUCAUGCCCUAAGCUUCAAUCACUACCUUCAAAUUUGGGUGAACUUACGGCUCUGAAAUCACUAACCAUUCGCAUGUGUGAAACUCUCUUGUUUGCCACAAGGUUUGAAAAAUCUCACACAUUGGAGUCCCUGGAAAUUGGUGAGUUCCACAGUCUUAACAGCUCUCCCAGAUGACCAGCUUCGAGGAUUGAGGUCCCUCCGAAAUUUGUCCAUUACAAACUGCACCAAUCUGUCAUCUAUAUCAACCAGUUUGCGUUGUCUUGCAUCCCUCGAGCACUUAACUGUUGUGAAUUGUCCAAGUCUGGAUUCCAUGCCGGACAAUAUGCAGCAUCUCCCCACCCUUCAUAGUUUGACUAUCGCGGAUUGUGAAAAGUUUUUAUGUCUGCCACAGGGGCUGCAACAUGUCAAAACGCUGCAUAGACUUGAGAUGCGGAGCUGUCCUGGCCUCAUAGCAUUGCCUGAACAUGUUGAGAACCUUACCUCACUUAGAUCUUUGGCAAUUUCAGCCUGUCCCAAUCUGAAAUGCUUGCCUGAUGGUCCCAAUCUGAAAUGCUUAGAGGUGAGGAUUGGCCGAAAAUAUCCGGCAUUCCUCAUAUAUGCAUCUGAUCACCUGAAGGAAGACAGUCCAGUGCAGCAGGUAGUUCUAAUUCAUGGCCACCUAUAAGUAGACAGUCCAGUGCAGCAGGCAGUUCUUCUAAUUCCUGCUUUGGGGGAGCAACUUUUUAUAUCCAGCUGCGAGUUCUUAUUAUAUAUAUUUCCCUCCGUCGUUUGUUGUGGUAGUGUAGUUAUUUCCAUUGGUUAAUUGUUUCAAUUGAUUAAUCUUCUCGCACACCAUCCAUGAUUAAAUGCUAUUCUAACUAUUAAUCGCAUGGAUAUGCAAUCACUUGCUCACUCUUGCCAUAAUUGAGUGGAAUUGGCAAAUAGUCAAAUAACUCCGAGUUCAGUAGAUCAAAACACUAAUGAAAAUCCAUGCACUUAAAAUAAAACUUUAAGAAUCUCAAAUAGAAUGAUAUAUUUACAAAAACCUUAAACAACAGUGGUUGUCUACAAAUCACUGUGAUUGUUUUGUCUACAAACUUUUUGAUAUGAAGCCAUUGGUUUUAGUAGGAAAAGAAGAAGAGAAAAGAAGACUCGGGUGAAGUAGCCUGGCAUGCUUUCUUCUUAUUAGGCAUACGCUUAUUGGUUGCUUUUCUUGCAGGUUGCCGUUGAAAAAGUUCUUGAAGAAAUCAAAGAAGUAACUAGUAAUCAGAGAAAUGGGAAAGAAGAUCGAAUGAUGUCCUAGAGAAAUUAAAUCCUUAUAUAUAUAUAUAUAUAUAUAUAUAUAUAUAUAUAUGUAUAUGUGUGUUUGAGUGUGUAUUGAAUGAACUUUGUGGUAAGAUUAUGAUGUAACGAUGACGAAUAAUAUUUGAGCAAAUUUGGUGAACUUAAUGUGUAUUAACUUGAUAAACUUAUUGUGUAAUUUACUUGAUGAACUUAUCAUGUGUUUAUGGGAAGUUAAAGACUUGUAAUUUGAGAAUCAUUGGUGUCGAUAAUUUGAAUUUUUUUUUCUGUUAUUACACUGUUAUCUAAUCUUGCAUACAGGCAUUUUUACCUUUCGGUCACAUUUGGAAUAUGUUUCUGAGUUCACACGAGCCGUUUCAUACUUAUAUUAUUGUGUAAACGUUUUCAGGUAUUUUUAAGUGCUUACAUACACUCGUAUAUAUAGUUUUCUUUCUUAUUUAGGAUAUGGUUAUGGGCUGCUAUUCUUGGAGGUGUCGGCCAAUAGCUGUUUGCAGGUUACACCAUAGAGCUUAACUUGCAGAAACAAGUGAACAGGAGAUGACUGAAUACAGUGACAUGCGAGAGAAACUUCGAAUGCUUUCUCUCCCAAGGAGGUAUGUUCUUAAUUUUGCCAUAAUUAGCUAAUGUGAUUAUUUAUCUAAAAUCAGUUUCUAAAAUUCAUCAACAUAUUGAUGUUAGCCAAACAAGACUCAUGAAAGUCUUUGAUGUUAGCCAAACAUGACUAGCAGCAAACUCUUCAUUCAUUAAUACAACCUGAGGCUUUCAGAACUAUAAGAACGAAGGCAGAGUUCCAAGCAAGGAGGUUUUCCGGGUUAAAUAGUUGUGGAGUGAGUGUUAAUCGUGUAGUAUGUCUCAGUUUCUUUCAAUGGUAUAUAUGAAGCAGCAAAUAUGCAAGGAGUCAAAACAGAGAAUUGGAAGACACAAUAAUUUGGAUAGUGAACGAUGCUUCUGCUAUACAGAUGAAGGCUAUAAACAAUGUCGGUUUUUUGACUCUAAAAUGCAGAUAAUUCUUGUUCAUCGAUUUAUUUUGUGUGGCAAAUUAACAGAAGAAAACCCUCUGCCACUACAAAUUUCACCCCAACCCUAUCCUUCAAAAGUUGCUUCUAUUAGUC